CGGAAUUAAACGAAUCUCAUCCUGACGUGACCAUUCCUACUACUCCCGUGCACCUGCGUCAAUACCUGAAUGAAUAUUCCCAUUUGGCGGCAUAUUUCUCGCCCGCCGCCCGGCCGCCGCUGCUGCUGCUGUAGCGGCUGCCGCGGCCGCGGCCUCAUCCUCCACCCAUGGGAGUGGUGGCGAGUUGCCGUCACCGCCCUCCGAGGACGUGCCCAUUUCCAUGGGAAAUUUUGGAUCGAUGUUGUCAUUGCACAAACAACAUCCCUCGCUAUUUCUGCCCAAUGGCAUGUCGUUCUCGUCAUUCUUUUCGGCGGAAAGUGGGAAGCAGUGUCGGCGGAGAAAAGCGAGGACAGUGUUUUCCGAUGCGCAACUCUGCGGCCUAGAAAGGCGAUUCGAAGCCCAAAGAUACCUCUCUACACCCGAACGAGUGGAACUAGCCACGGCACUGAGCUUGUCAGAAACCCAGGUUAAAACGUGGUUCCAAAAUAGGCGAAUGAAGCACAAGAAGCAUCUGAGGAAGCAUAGCGGCGAUUCCAGAUCUCCGGGCUUUGUUCCAUCUUCCGGCCAAGAUGAGCCGACUCAAAAUUCAGACACUCAAGUUGAUUUUAGUUCAAAUUCAGAUCUUGGCUUAGCUCGUCCCACUAGAUCUGGUUCACCUUCCCUGUCGGUCCCGGGAUCCCCUCUCCCCAGUCACGGUGGAUUCCCGACGUCUCUCCUAGUUCAUUCUCUCACGUCCUCCAUCAACGCAUCCAAAGUUCACAACGCAUUCGGCGGGAGCACCAAGAACAGUUUUAAUACUAGCAAUCACCUGUCCGCUCCAGGCUCAACUGUUCUGAAUAUGUCGCCCUCAUCAGCUUUUGUACAAGCUAGCGAAAGUAGGCCAAUGACAACUUCCAGUGUAUUUUAUCCACGCUCUUCAUGUCAAUGAUUUUGUACCUCCAGUCACCGUUACAGUACAUGCAUUCACUCAUAGCCCAUACUCUUAAUGUUGAAUUACCUAUGUUGAUAACCCUAAACAACUCUUGCCCUAAAAUACAUUGAAAAUGAAAACUUGCCGCUCAGUUUACUCGUAUUAGGACCUCAAAAUAAAAUGAGUAAUUUCGCUUUUCUAUCAUAAUAACGGUUCUCAUGGGUAUAGCAACGACUUUCAUGAAUGCGAAGGAAACCAAGCACCUCUGUUGGAAAGUUUUUCUUUAAAAAACUGUUUUCAUGAUUGCAUUCUUGACUCCCACCCUUUACGAGAUCUACGUUUAUUAUUUAAUUACUUUAAUUCGGAAAGUGGCUCAGAGUUGCCAUGACCAAGAGCAGGCCGAUUUGCCAGCUUUUUCGCAAUCCAUAUUUCUAGAAGUCCGUGCUUUAUGCAAGGAGAGGAGUACUUCUGAAUGAAUGGCUUAAUAUGAUUAUAUAAACCAGUGAUCGAAUGGAAUUGAAAUUGUUCCGAAUAAAUAGAGUUUCUCGAAGCCUUAA